UCGCGCGCUGUGAAGCGAGUACUGGUGGGACCCGGCGGACACUUGUAUUUUCCGGGGGGGAGUUUGUUGUGCAGGGGGUAUUCUUUUUGAAAUCAUGGCUGUUAACUUUCAGACAUCGAUCCUUUCCCUGACUCUGCCGAUUUCCUGCCAGAUAUGCCUUGGAAAGGUCAAGCAGCCGGUCAUUUGUGCCAACCACCACGUGUUCUGUUCCUCCUGCAUGGAAAUGUGGUUAAAGAAAGCUAGCCAGUGUCCCAGCUGCAGAGUCCCCAUCACAGCUGAGAACCCAUGCAGAGAAAUCAUCGGAGGCACUAAUGAGAGUGAACACAAUGACAAUCCUUCCAUGAGAAAAUGUCUGAGAAAAACCAGAGGAGAACUGCUUUUGCGGGAGUAUGAGGAGGAAAUGGAAGGGCUCUACAUAGAAAACAAGGAGUUGAAGACAAAAAAUCAAAGUCUGGAGUCACAACUGAAGACCGCUUUGGAUCCUUGCAGCAUUAAAACGGUGCAAAUGGAUGACAAAAAAGUUGAGCCCUAUGUCCUGGAAGAAUGGACCAACAAGCUGCAAGCUGCCACCAAUGUUUGUGAUGAAGUAAAGCAGGACAUGGAUAAGCUAAAGGAGGCAAAUAGGGCGUUGCGGUUUCAAAACGUCGACCUUGUACAAGAGAACAUGAGAUUGAAAGCAGAGGUCGUGAGCAGAUCUCCUCAGAAGUUUGGUCGUAGUACAGUAGCAGCACUGGAAGCUACAAUCCAGCAGAAUGAUCGGGAUGUGGACCACCUGACGAUGGCUCUGGAGCACGGCGACCGGUACAUCAAAAACCUGGAGUCUCGGAUCAAAAUAUCUGAGGAGAGACGUCUUGAAGGGAACAGUACGGCUGAGGCGGACCCGCUGAUACAGCAACACAAAAUCAACAUGAUGAUGAGGAGCUUGAGUGACAAUGAGAGAGAGUCCAUCUGCAGCAAUCCAUUGGCAGAAGGUGGAACAUUUGUUAGAAAUCACACUUCAAUGUUCAUGCCAUCUGCCGAUUACAAAGAGCUUAAAAAGAGUCUGACAAGAGACCAGAAAAACGACGUGGACUCGAAAAGUACCUCCUCUGAACUUUUGCCCGCCACUCCGUCCUCGGCCUUCCGUUCCCUGACUCUGAGAAGCCCAGGUGUCCGUGAAAAGAAAGUGGCAUUCAAACCUGCAUCUCAUCUGAGGAGGCUGGAUUUUGAAGAACUGCCAAGUCCUGGAAAGAGUGGCAGCACCAUGGAGAACCAAUUCAGCAGCCUCGAUGAAUUACCCACAAGUACUGACGUCGAACCCUCCAAGUCUGUCUUCUGGGGCGCCUGGCAGGGAUCUAAACCUGAAGACGGGUCAUCUCCAAGUUUAGAGAGCUCAGCUUUAGGAGCCACUUCCAGUACUCUGGUGACGGACGAGCCCAAGGGUCUUGAGACGUUCAGUGACUCCUCCAUGGAUGCAGCUUACCUGGACAAAAUCUCAGAGUUGGACUGCAUGAUGUUGGAUGGAGAGAGCUCCAGCAGCCGAGGAUCACAGCUCUCAUUGGCUCCCUCCACUCCCGGAGACUUAGACAACACCCUCGUCCCAGAACCACAACCCUGCUCUGAUGUCUCCUCAAGCCAUGGUGGAAAACCUGCGACACAGUGUGACCAGAAGAGCUCCCCACCACAUAACAUGGGAGGGACCUUGAAUGACAAAGAGGAUCUAAAAGGCAUCGCAGAGGAGAGCUUUGCUGCGCUGGAUUCCUGUAGGGAGAGCGAUGCCAACGUCCCUGACAGUACGGGGCACGGAGGGUCCUCCCAGACUGACGAGCUGUCCUUUGAUUUGCUGUUUGAUUCGCUGGAAGACAAUAAGGCCGGUCCCUCUGGCUCUCUCAGUUCAGCAAGCCAAGACCAUGACCAUCUUAACCCCACCUCCUCCUCCUCCUCCUCGAUGAGUAAGCCUGUGAACACAACAAACAGACAUGCACUACUUAUCAGCCAGCCAACCAAGAGGAAGUCUCACAGUCCCUUUAACUCAAGCAGUCCCACAAAACUUUCUAAGCUCAUGUAAAGGGUAAAACCAGAACCUGUGAGUGUGUGUUUGGCUUCACAUCCACACACAGCUGGAAGAAAUAACUCCACUGUGGUGCUGCAGAAUACAUUCCUGAAUAUGAUCCUCUGGUGUAAGAUUUGGUCAUUUUGUCUGUUGCUAUUUGUAGGAUUUAGAACAAAAUAAUUCAGAUUUGUCAGAUAGUUUAUCUUGUAGUCUACUUUUUAGGUCUCAGUGACAGGUCAACCUGUACAGUCUGAGAAUCUGUCUGUGUGUUAAUCUGACAAACACCUCUGUGCUGUUAUUUGUUAUACUGUAGUGCACCCGUUUUGGGGCCAAAACAAUUUUCAAACACUUUCAGCCUACCGGUGUUUGUCAGUUUAAGCUAUUUAGUAAACAUGGUACUCAUGGUAAUUAUGGUUUACAUGUAAUACUGAAGACUGAUGAACAUGACUAUUAUGAAAAACUGAUAUUUUGAAAUAAAUAUUGCAAUGUAAGAGUGUGUGAGGAAAUAAAUAAGUAAUGCAA